AUGGACUGGCAGGACGGCAACGAGUCGUACGACGGGACUCCGGACCUGGGCGAGUACGAGGGCGAGAGACACCCGACGACGCGGGCGCGGCAUGGCAAAGGCCGGGCGACGCUGCCGCAUAACGAUGGUUCUGGCCUCUUUGACGUGUACGAGGGCGAGUACUACGAGGGUGAGCGGCAUGGACGUGGGCAGUACACGUACGCCAACGGGGCUCGGUAUGAGGGCGAGUAUGUCAAGGGCCGCAAGCAUGGCGAGGGCACGUUCUUCUACCCGGACGGUGCGGUGUAUGUGGGCGAGUGGGAGAACGAUGCUCGUGAGGGCCGCGGCAAGUACACAUACCCCAACGGCGACUCGUACGAGGGCCAGUGGCGACAGGGCCUCCGUUGGGGCGCAGGCGUCUACACCUACGGCGACUCGGGCUCGCGCUACGAGGGCCAGUGGGUCCGCGGUGCCCGCGAUGGCGCCGGCCAGUGGAUCCACCCGGGCGCCAAGUACAACUACACCGGCUCGUGGGUGGCCGACAAGCCGACGGCGGUCGGCAAGUUUACCUUUGACCACGGCGCCGUGGUCCAUGGUCGCUACACGUCUGUCGUUGCCGAGACGUACUCUGAGGAGUCGGCGUCGGUUGUGCCCGAGCCGACUCUCCAGUGGACGGCCGAGACGUUUGACGUUGUCCCGCCGCCGGCCACCGCCACCGGCAUGACUGCCGAAGAGAUCCAGGCAGCCAACGCCGAGGCCGAGGCCGCGGUCCGUGCCGAGGCGCUUGCUGCGCAGUAA